AUGACAACAAAAAUUCAACAAAUAAGCGGCGCGUCUUUCUCACUUUCCUCUCAAUCUCCUAGCUUCACUGCUUUCUCCUCUGAAAAUAUCGCUGAUAUUGCAGCGCGUGUCAUCAAGGAGCUUAAUUUGUCCCAUGAUGAUCCGUUUGAUGAUGACUUCUACUCUAAUUUUGCCUUAAACGACGCGUCUCAAGACACCCAGCAAAACGACACCGUUGAGAAGGAAAAUGAAGAAGAAGAAAUUAAGAACUCUGAAGAUGAAGAGAGUGAGUUUGAAUUUGCAAUUUUAUCCGGGGAAGAUAACUCACCACCGAUUUCAGCCGAUGAGAUCUUCUCCAAUGGUAAGAUUAAACCGAUGUUUCAUGUGUUCAAUACGGAUUUAAUAUACGGCUACGGGCGCUAUGAGUAUGACUACAAAAAUGGAGCUUCUCCUCAAACAUUGGGGUUACCGUUAAGGAAACUUCUUCAGGAAAGCCAAAACGGAAAUGGAAAGUCUUCAUCCCAAGCCGACGAUCUGAAUGGGGUUCCAUCAGGGACGUUCUGCGUGUGGACCCCAAGGAAAAAGGGGGAAGUAAUGAAAAUGAGGAAGAGAAGUAAAUCAACUGGGUCUUCAAAACGGUGGCGUAUUAAAGAUCUGUUGAAAACAAUUAAUGGUAAUGAUCAUCGUGAUGAGAAGAAGAAGAAAGGUGGAUUCCAUGGUGAAAAGAAGAAAUCGUACUUACCAUAUAGGCAAGAUCUAGUUGGAUUGUUUGCUAAUGUGAAUGGGAUUAGUAGGACAGUUCGACCAUUUUAA